GAGUCGUUUCACUGGCGAACAGAUGUAAUCGUGCCUCUGAAGUGAGCGAAACACUCUCAGCAGACAUUCUCUGUGUGGAAACUUUUUUUUUUCAAGGGAAAAAGUGUGCAAAAGUGCAGAAAAAUGUUUAAAUUGUGCGAAAAAAUGUACUACAGUGACUAUAGUAUAGCUAUUGGACUUUAAUAGUUGCAAUUUCCACGUUCAUUCGCCAUUCGGAUCGCAAAUAUCGUCAAGAUGCACAGUGGCACCUGCAUCGCCCCAACGAAUCCGGCCUUCUCCGUGUCCAUUGGGAUUGCGUCGUUGGUGCUGGAGGGACGCUCAGUGGUGAAUGACGAGGAUUCACGCGAUGCCGCCGCGAGUCAGCAACAGCUGGCCUCGAGUGCGGCAGCAUCGUCGUGGGCAAAGUCGGAUUCCGUUCAGAAUAUCCAUCGGCUGAAGCAGAAAUUGCGUCAAUUGCGAUCGGCGCCGAGCACGAGCAAAGAUUCAGCGGAAUUCUACCAGACCACAGCCGCCGCCGCUGCCGCCGCGAUGAUGACAUCAGCUCCAGAUGAUGUGGACUCGGACAAUGAUCUCGAUGUGCCCAUGAUGAAGUCGGCCACGUCGUCCAGUGCGAGUAGCUCUGGGGGAAGUUCUGGUGACACGGCGAGUCUCCUGGAUUCGCUGCAGAAUCUGGCGUCGACGUGUCUCAAGUCAAAGCCACGAUCACUGAAGGCGAUGGGAUUGUUCAAGACGGUGGAUUUGGACACGAGUUUGUCCACGUUGCUCGCCAGAUCGGCGUCCACGUCGUCGGUGAUGUCGAAGGAGAUGUUGAAGGGACGCAGCAAUUCCACAUCGCGACGAUCGAGCAUCAAGUGUGGCUUUCACUGUGAGCAAUUUCUCAAGAAGAUCGGCGUAAUUAAGCAGGGUCAGGACAAUGAUGCUGAACACCAUUGCAGUGAUCUGGCAGAAAGUUGUUGUCGUUGGCAAAUGCAGUAUAAACAAAUGGCAGCCAUUCUCAGUCGAGGCAAUGGAAUUUGCAUUGAGGUGUAUCUUGGACCGGAGACGCAACCGCUGCUCCUUGAGCAGUGGAUCAUACAGAAGAUCGACAAGCCCGUUGAACCUGGAAUGACUCUUCCGUCGCUCUGCACUGCCAUUCGUAGUCAGUUGCACUUCUCACAGAUCACAGCGUGGACGGAUUUGCUGUCCAGCGGUGUGGAGUUGCGUGACAAUCCGCGAAUAACAUUUGGACAAUCGCUUGGACCACGUCUGGAUAUUUACUAUCGUGUGAAAUCCUACGAUACUGUGUCGAAUUUUGAGAAUCAACCGCUGAUUCACACAUUUCCCAAUGUGAAGCUAGACGACGGUGUGGCAGUUCAGGUGUGUCUUAAGAGUCUGCCGCGCCUGGAGAUGAUCCCGAAGUUGAAUGAGGAGCGCGUGUUGGCGGUGAGUGAGGAGCGUGAGAUGAUUUCGGUGCCAUGUUGCAUGGAGAAGGGGAAGCAUAGGUGUACAUUUGAUGAGGAAUCACCCACGGAGAUGAUGAGCAGCAUGAACAUCCUGCCGUCGGUGUUGCAUCGGGAGAAGCAGCUGCAGAAGUACAAGAAGCGCCUGAUGCGGCGGGACAAGAAGAAGAUGCGACAGAGUGGUGAGGAGGACAGGUGGAUGCAGAGUGAGGAGGAUGUGGCGGUGGCGGCGGAGGUGGAGGCGCCGCGGCAGAUGAUGAUGACGGCGACGACGACGAGGGUGGAGGAGAGGCGGCAGUAUGUGGGUGAGAAGAUGCCCAAGCCACCGAUUAAUGAUCUCAGACCACCGCUCUACUUCACAUCGCCGUGUCUGGAGCCCAUUGCGCCGCCGGCGCCGCCGCCGCGGAGUGCCACGCAGGCGACACAGACGGUCACGAUGGUCCAUGACACGAUCACCGUGUCCACACAGACGGAUCUCAUGGACUGCUUUCCACAAUGUGAUCUUUGCAAUAAUGAAAUGCAAUACAUAUGCUGGAACUGUGAUAAUAAUAUUAUUGUGAAUCUGGCGUCAGAGGCGAAGGUGCCGCCGCUCAACAAGGCGGAUCUGCUGCUGCAGGCGAUGCAGCGCACGGCGCUGGCCAAGUGUCGCACGCCCGAGCACACGUGCGACAGAGGAUCCUGUGAUAGCGCCAACGGAGACUUGGAUUGUCGAUUGUGCAAGAGGCAGAAGAUUCAGCACAUCUACGGCGGCGAGAGGCCAACAGACGUGGCGCUCAGUCAGUUUGACGAGAUGAGUCUGGAUGUGGCGGACGAUGAGGCUGGCGGUGUGGCGGAGUUUCGUGCUGAGGAUCAGUACAGGACGCCACAGAGCAAUGGCACAGCCGCCGCUGCACUUCAUGUCAACACAACGCCGCACAGAGUGCCGCCGGCUGAGACGCUGACGACUGGCGGUGUGAUGAAUACGGUGAAAUCGUCGCUGAGUCGCGUGAGGAAUCUACCAAAGAUCAAUCUAUCGAGUGUGUUCGGGGAGGCGGCGUCGCUGCGUGCGCCGACGAUGACGACGCAGGAGCACAAAUCCUCCCCAAUUCCCAUUAGGAACAUCUUCAAUUUCGACAUGACGCCCAAUGUUGGCUCCGUCGUGCCUGUCCAGAAGUCAAAUUCAGCGCCCACAUUCAAUGGUUCGCACACCCUUUCGCCACGCUUUAUCAAGUCCGCCGCGAUCUACAAGCGCAGAUCGCGACAUUUGUCCGAUCGAUCGUCCGAGAGAUCAUCAAUAGGAUCAGACGAACAGAUCUCCGAUGAUGAUCUCACCCUUGAUAGUCCAAUGACAUCGCCAAUUAAGCUCUCCACCAGCUCAACGUGGAAGCUGCCAUUUGGUCGCAGAGGACUUUUAGGUUCUCUGGAGGAAUCUCUUCUGCAGAGACGCAUCGUUCCAAAAUUUCAAGUUCCUGGCUUUCGUAUCUUACUGGGAGCAUCCGGAAGUUUCUGUCCAACUCAACUGACAAUCCCCGCUAAGACUUACUUCUACGAAAUGGCAGGACAAACAAUCAGUACUCCUUAUGUGAGCGAGGUUCGUCUGUCGCGGAAGGGAUACUCAAUUCCACGAUCGGGCACAAUCCAGGUGACGCUGCUGAAUCCGCUCGGGACAGUGGUGCGGAUGUUUGUGGUGGCGUACGAUUUCCGGGACAUGCCCAACAUGGCGACGACGUUCAUUCGGCAGCGCGUUCUGGCCUUCGAUGAGGAUCUCAAUCCGGGCCGCGAAGUGGCUCAGUUGACGACGUGCGAGCAGAUGAAGCUCCUUCGCUACGUCAUUCAUCUCAAAUUUCAGACAUCACGCUCGGGCCGAUUGUCGCUGCAUUCGGACAUUAAGAUGCUCAUCUCCAGGCGCACAGACUGUGAUACAGCAGCUGCACACGCCAAGGAUGCCCUCGAGAGUCCCAACGAGCUCAAAAUUCUCACCAUUCAACCCGACAAUCCGCGCUUCAGUCUGCGAGUUGAUAAGAAUUGACGCAUCAUUGGCUCAGUCUCAGAGUGAAAUAUCUCUGAGAAGAAGAAAAAAUUGUACGCAAAGAGGCGAGGAAAAUUUAUCGAUAUAUUUUUUAAGUUAGGCGAUAGACACGAUAAUAAUUUUUAGAGAAGAAAGAAUUAUUAGGUUUUAAUUGUCGAUGUCUCAUCACUUUUAGCGAUUUGUGAUUUGUUUAAUGUCUAAUUAAUAUUUUUUUUUUUAGAAAGUGGAAUUUUUCUCAUUAUCGUCGCGAAAAUAUUCAAUGAUUUUUUUUUUCUUAAUUAUUAUUAUUAUUUAGGAUUUGCUUUUGACCACACGAAAAUUUUUUUAGAAAUUCGUUUCUUGCAAUAUUUUUCUUUAUUUUGGAUUAAAAAAAAAUUAUAAAUUAUGUCUUGAAGAGGAAUUUUUGAGGAGGAGAGAAUUUAAAUGCAAUUUGCCAAAAAUGGGCAAAUAUAGAGAGAGAGAGAAAGAGGAGAAAUUGUAAGUUAUUUUUGAAGUAGAUGCGUGUUUAGCUGGAAGUUUCAUAUGACAAAUUUAGAGAGAAAGAGAGUUUGGGAAGAAGAAAAAAUAUAUCUUGAAUUGUAGAAGUUUCGGUCACAAGAAUUGUCAAUGUUUAAAUGCAAUGUUUGAUGAAGCAGAAGCUGAAGAGUUAGCUGAAGACACAAUUAACACAAAAAAAGUCCUUUUCUGUCCGCUUCUUUUCCCAAGAAAAAAGAAAAAAAAACACCCCCAGCAAUAUGUCAAUGUGGUUCAAUGCUUCAAGACAGUGGUUAUGAAAUACAUAAAUUAUUGAUGGAACAGAAAAUAUAUAUCUCUAGCGACAAAAGUAAAUGUAGACACUGCCAUAGAGAAAAGAAUUGAUUCUGGUCGUUGACGUGAAGCAGCGCACGUCGUUUUUUCUUCGCGAAAAAUAUAUUAAAUCGAUUUAUUUUAAUUAGAAUGAAGAGAGAAAAAGAGAGUUUAACAAGAGAAAGAGAGAGAGAAGCAAAAAAUGGUAUAUUGAAUGUAGUCAGUGAUAAACUAUUGCCAACGUGUAUAUAAAAUGCUUCUAGUGGUACAGAGAAAAAUAAUAAAAAAAAAAUCAAGCAGAAUAUCGUUAUAAUCAAUAUAUUUUUCGAUGAAAAGUGAGAGAGAGAGAAAGAAGAGGAAAAUUCAAAUGAAGACCCUUUUUGGCGAGUUUUCGGCUCUUUUUUCCGAAAACUAUAUAAUAAAAAUUUCAAACGAUGAAUUAAA